GAGGGAGCGAAGGAGGUAGAGAAAAGCGGAGGAGAGGGGAGGGAGCGCAGCUUGGUUGCUCCGUAGUACGGCGGCUCGCGAGGGAGAAUCCCGAGCGGACUCCGGGACGCACGGAGAGGCAGGCAGGCGGGCAGGCGGGCGGGGAUGGUGUGCGGGGCUGCGGCUCCUGCGUCCCUCCCCGCGGCGAGUGAGCUGCACUGAUUUGUCCCUGGGGCGGCAGCGCAGACCCGCCUGGAGAUGAGGCGUCGACUAGCAAGGGAAAAGUAACAGAACCAUGGCUCAGUUUCCAACGCCUUUUGGUGGCAGCCUGGAUAUCUGGGCCAUAACUGUAGAGGAAAGAGCAAAGCAUGAUCAACAGUUCCAUAGUUUAAAGCCAAUAUCUGGAUUUAUUACUGGUGAUCAAGCUAGAAACUUUUUUUUUCAAUCUGGGUUACCUCAACCUGUUUUAGCACAGAUAUGGGCACUGGCCGACAUGAAUAAUGAUGGAAGAAUGGAUCAAGUGGAGUUCUCCAUAGCUAUGAAACUUAUCAAACUGAAGCUCCAAGGCUAUCAGCUUCCCUCUGCACUCCCCCCUGUCAUGAAACAGCAACCAGUGGCCAUUUCUAGUGCACCAGCGUUUGGAAUUUCAGCUCUAGAGAUAUUGCUGAUUUCUUUUCAGAAGGCGGUGGCCUCCCUGCCCAGAUGGUUUUCCAGUCACUUAACUAACAGUGCCGCCGCCUCUACCAUCAGGGCACUGGCCGACAUGAAUAAUGAUGGAAGAAUGGAUCAAGUGGAGUUCUCCAUAGCUAUGAAACUUAUCAAACUGAAGCUCCAAGGCUAUCAGCUUCCCUCUGCACUCCCCCCUGUCAUGAAACAGCAACCAGUGGCCAUUUCUAGUGCACCAGCGUUUGGUAUAGGAGGUAUUGCCAGCAUGCCACCACUCACAGCUGUUGCUCCAGUGCCAAUGGGACCCAUUCCAGUUGUUGGAAUGUCCCCACCCCUAGUAUCUUCUGUUCCUCCAGCAGCAGUGCCUCCCCUGGCUAAUGGGGCCCCCCCUGUUAUACAACCUCUGCCUGCGUUUGCUCAUCCUGCAGCCACAUUGCCAAAGAGUUCUUCUUUUAGUAGGUCUGGUCCAGGGUCACAAUUAAACACUAAAUUACAGAAGGCACAAUCAUUUGACGUGGCUAGUGUCCCUCCGGUGGCAGAAUGGGCUGUUCCUCAGUCCUCCAGGCUGAAAUACAGACAGUUAUUCAAUAGUCAUGACAAAACUAUGAGUGGACACUUAACAGGUCCCCAAGCAAGAACUAUUCUUAUGCAAUCAAGUUUACCACAGGCUCAGCUGGCUUCAAUAUGGAAUCUUUCCGACAUUGAUCAAGAUGGCAAGCUCACAGCAGAAGAAUUUAUCCUGGCCAUGCACCUAAUUGAUGUAGCUAUGUCUGGCCAGCCACUGCCACCUGCCCUGCCUCCAGAAUACAUUCCACCUUCCUUUAGAAGAGUUCGAUCUGGCAGUGGUGUAUCUGUCAUAAGUUCAAGCUCGGUAGAUCAGAGGUUACCAGAGGAACCAGCUUUAGAAGAUGAACAACAACAACUAGAAAAGAAAUUGCCUGUAACAUUUGAAGAUAAGAAACGUGAGAAUUUUGAACGUGGCAAUCUCGAGCUGGAGAAACGAAGACAAGCUCUCCUGGAGCAACAGCGAAAAGAGCAGGAGCGCUUGGCACAGCUGGAGCGGGCGGAGCAGGAACGGAAGGAGCGGGAGCGCCAGGAGCAAGAGCGCAAAAGACAACUGGAGUUGGAGAAGCAACUGGAAAAGCAGCGGGAGCUGGAGCGGCAGCGGGAGGAGGAGAGGAGGAAAGAGAUCGAGAGACGAGAGGUGAGCAGCUGUGGAGAAAUGCACAAUUAUCAUACGGCUCUUGCAUGCCCCCCCCCUUUCAGAAUCAUUCAAGUAAUAUCUGAGAGUUUUUAUCGUGAACAGGCUCUUUAUGUCAUUCCACACAAGGGUGAAAAGGUGGAGGGGCUCCAGGCACAAGCCCUGUAUCCUUGGAGAGCCAAGAAAGAUAACCAUUUAAAUUUUAACAAAAACGACAUCAUCACCGUCCUGGAACAGCAAGACAUGUGGUGGUUUGGAGAAGUUCAAGGUCAGAAGGGUUGGUUCCCCAAGUCUUACGUGAAACUCAUUUCAGGGCCCAUAAGGAAAUCUACAAGCAUGGAUUCUGGCUCUUCAGAAAGUCCUGCGAGUCUAAAGAGAGUAGCUUCCCCAGCAGCCAAGCCAGCCGUUUCGGGAGAAGAAUUUAUUGCCAUGUACACUUACGAGAGUUCUGAACAAGGCGAUUUAACCUUUCAGCAAGGGGAUGUGAUUUUGGUUACCAAGAAAGAUGGUGACUGGUGGACAGGAACAGUGGGCGACAAGUCCGGAGUCUUCCCUUCUAACUAUGUGAGGCUUAAAGAUUCAGAGGGCUCUGGAACUGCUGGGAAAACAGGGAGUUUAGGAAAAAAACCUGAAAUCGCCCAAGUUAUUGCUUCCUACACCGCUACGGGUCCUGAGCAGCUCACCCUGGCCCCUGGCCAGCUGAUUCUGAUCCGAAAAAAGAACCCAGGCGGAUGGUGGGAAGGAGAGCUGCAAGCACGUGGGAAAAAGCGCCAGAUAGGCUGGUUUCCUGCUAAUUAUGUAAAACUUUUAAGCCCCGGGACGAGCAAAAUCACUCCAACAGAGCCCCCUAAACCCACGGCAUUCCCAGCAGUGUGCCAGGUGAUCGGGAUGUACGAUUACACCGCCCAGAAUGACGACGAGCUAGCCUUCAACAAGGGCCAGCUCAUCAACGUCCUCAACAGGGAGGACCCCGACUGGUGGAAAGGAGAAGUCAGCGGCCAAGUGGGGCUCUUCCCGUCCAAUUACGUGAAGCUGACCAUGGACAUGGACCCGAGCCAGCAAUGGUGCUCAGACUUACAUCUCUUGGAUAUGUUGACCCCAACUGAAAGAAAGCGACAAGGGUACAUCCACGAGCUCAUUGUCACAGAGGAGAACUAUGUGAAUGACCUGCAGCUGGUCACAGAGAUCUUUCAGAAACCCCUGAUGGAGUCUGAGCUGCUGACAGAAAAAGAGGGUGCUAUGAUUUUUGUUAACUGGAAGGAGCUGAUUAUGUGUAAUAUCAAACUGCUGAAAGCGCUCAGAGUUCGCAAGAAGAUGUCUGGGGAGAAGAUGCCUGUGAAGAUGAUCGGAGACAUCCUAACGGCCCAGCUGCCACACAUGCAGCCCUACAUCCGCUUCUGCAGCUGCCAGCUGAACGGGGCUGCCCUGAUCCAGCAGAAGACGGACGAGGCCCCGGACUUCAAGGAAUUUGUCAAAAGAUUGGCAAUGGACCCUCGAUGUAAAGGGAUGCCUCUCUCUAGUUUUAUACUGAAGCCUAUGCAACGGGUAACAAGAUACCCACUGAUCAUUAAAAAUAUCCUGGAAAACACCCCUGAAAACCACCCCGACCAUAGCCACUUGAAGCACGCCCUGGAGAAGGCGGAAGAGCUGUGUUCCCAGGUGAACGAAGGCGUGCGGGAGAAGGAGAACUCCGACCGGCUGGAGUGGAUCCAAGCCCACGUGCAGUGUGAAGGCCUGUCUGAGCAACUUGUGUUCAAUUCAGUGACCAAUUGCUUGGGGCCACGCAAGUUUCUGCACAGUGGGAAACUCUACAAGGCCAAGAGCAACAAGGAGCUGUACGGCUUCCUCUUCAACGAUUUCCUCCUGCUGACCCAAAUCAUAAAGCCCCUGGGCUCUUCUGGCACUGACAAGGUCUUCAGCCCCAAAUCCAACCUGCAGUAUAAAAUGUACAAAACACCUAUAUUCCUCAAUGAGGUUUUAGUAAAAUUACCCACUGACCCUUCUGGAGAUGAACCCAUUUUCCACAUUUCUCACAUCGACCGAGUCUACACCCUCCGAGCAGAAAGCAUAAACGAAAGGACUGCCUGGGUGCAGAAAAUCAAGGCUGCUUCUGAACUCUACAUAGAGACGGAGAAAAAGAAGCGGGAGAAAGCAUACCUGGUCCGUUCCCAAAGGGCAACAGGGAUCGGAAGGUUGAUGGUGAAUGUUGUUGAAGGCAUUGAGCUGAAACCCUGUCGGUCACACGGAAAGAGUAACCCGUACUGCGAGGUGACCAUGGGCUCCCAGUGUCACAUCACCAAGACGAUCCAGGACACUCUGAACCCCAAGUGGAAUUCCAACUGCCAGUUCUUCAUCAAAGACCUGGAGCAGGAGGUCCUCUGCAUCACGGUGUUUGAGAGGGACCAGUUCUCUCCAGAUGAUUUUUUAGGCCGGACGGAGAUCCGCGUGGCAGACAUCAAGAAGGACCAGGGUUCCAAGGGUCCAGUCACCAAGUGUCUCCUGCUGCACGAGGUUCCCACAGGAGAGAUUGUGGUCCGCUUGGACCUGCAGCUAUUUGAUGAACCGUAGGGAGCGGGCCCAGGGCCUGCUUCAGAGUUCCAGCCGAGCCGGCAGAUGCCGUCUGCAAUGGAUGUUGCUUUUCUAAGACCACCAUUUGGUGUUCAGCCACAAGGCGACAGGACAGUGAAGAAGGGCCCCUUAAUGAUUCUAGGAAUAAUUCUCGACAAUCUUCCCCACCCCAGACAAAUUCCCAUUUUACGAAACAAAGCUCUGUUUCCUUUGUCCUCACUUCAGGUCUCAGCACGGCUUCUAGGGUCUUUGAAACCCCGUAGCUCCCAGCUAGGUUUGGUUGGGAGUCUGGCCCGUGCCUGAGCUUGAGGCAUGGGUCUAGUACCUGUAAAAAUAGAUUUAUAAAUGCAAUUCUGUGUUUUUGGAGAACUCAUAUCCCCCUCCUAUUUCUUACCUCUACCAGCCCCCAGUAGGCCCUUGACCUAUGAUGCCUAAUCCUGGGUGUAUUUAGAAAAAAUUAUGAUGGUCCUGCCAUUGCUUUAGAAUCUCGUCUCCACACUGGGACCUUAUUUGAAAGGCUGCCCUGGGUCUGAUCACUCGGGCAGGUGGUGUCCUGAUGGGACACCACACUAGCUCUUUAAAGGGCUGGUCCAUGGAAGAUUCUAGCAGCUGUGUUGUUACAGCCAUUCUAGUCCCCUCUAGGUCUUAUAUUGAUAGAUGUGGAUGAAAACUAUCAUGGGCUUCUAUCAGGUGAUUUGAUUCUGAUUUCCAGCGUAGGUGGAAGAUGAUUAAGGAAGCUUGUUAUCUACAGAGUUAUACUCUGCUGGAUCAGAUCAUAGCAGGUCACCUGAAAGGCUACGUCACGACGUCAUUGGGUCCCGGUUGCCGGCCCUGUUGGAUAACUCUCUUUUGGCUUGGAGGUCCUGUGAUCCUUCAUGACGAGAGUCGCUGCUGGUGACCAGCUCUGAGCCUCUUUUUGCUUAAAUGGCCCGCAUCCUGACUGUCAUGGGAAAUUUCAGCUGCUGUCUUUGGUACGUUCCCUUGGGUUUUCAUCCCCAAGGUAUGAAAAGGAAAAAUGACAAUCUGGAAGCGGGGUGGAAACAUGUGAAGGAAAUCCAUCACGUGGUGGGGGAAAGACCCCAGGAACAUGCAGCUGCACAAGUCUGCGGAGGAAGACCCAAGACUGCUCCCUCCACUCCACUCCACACAGCCACCCUCUCGCGAAUGGAGAUCCAUGUGCUUGUUGCUAGUCAGGAGUGUGUGACCACGUGCCAAGCGGUCUGGUGUGAGUUCUUUGGUUUUUUUGCCCCCCCUUAAAUGCCAUGAGAUAGGCUGGGUAACUAGUUCAUAACUUGAUUUGCUAAGGAAAAACGUGGGUCAUUCUUUGUUUGUACGUCAAUGUUCGCAUAACCCCUGUUAGUUGUGGUCAUGAAAUGUUCUUUGCAUGUUCUCUUGGUACUGGAGUCUAGCUUCCCUGUGGUUGAUGGUAUUCUCUUUGAUUGUAGGUCCUUAGAAGUUAAUUAGGGUUGUAGAAGUGCUUUAUAAAUGGUAGCAUCAACAUAGUGGCCGAGCACCCAUGUUGUCGGGAACUGAACGCAUAGUGUCGCGAUUUCCCAGAAGAGCCCUGCCAUAUUUCAAGCAAUUUAACAAAUGUGUAUGUUGGAAAGGGCAACAAAGUUUACAUUUCAUACUUAAAAAACAAACAAACCACUUUAUUAUUUAUUUAUUGAAGCUAGUGUAGAAUUUUGUAUCAAGAACAACAGACAUACGUAUUUUUUGAAACAAGCAGAUGUACCCUUUAGUUAGAAACUUUCAACUGAACACAUGACAGACCAAGUUCAACUUCAAGGCAUGCAUUUGUUUACCACUUCAUAGGAGAAAACAUGGUUAGAAUAAUUUAAGUUUAUAUUUUUUGAUGUUGUUAAGAAACUGUUUUAAAUUAAAUCUAUAAAUAGACGUACAAUUCAUGCUUUCCUAUUUCUAUAACCAAGACAGUUUGUUCAGUGUAUUUAUGAAGGACAUGUUACUGUGGUAGAAAAAAGUAUUCAGUGUGUAACGGGGUGGUAUUGAGUCACCAUUCCAUCCCCUUUCUUUCUGUUCUCCCUCUUCAUAGACUUUCUUUGCGUGUCAAUGUUGGGCAUCAUUGUCCCUGUAGGUAGGGUAUGGUGUGUACAAUGACAAACGUCUCGUCACCCUUUUAGGUCUACCAGGUCACCCACUUGCAGAGCCCCAUUAUCAGAAUUAAUGUAGCAUGCAAAGCACUAGGUGAGUCUUUUUCCCACAAGUGACUACCCUGAGCAUCCUGAGAUGCUCCUGCAGAAUCCUCCUGGAUUAGCGUCCUUGCACUCACUGGUGUAACGUGUAGGGUGACCGGUCAUCCUUCCGGAUGAGAUAGGCUGGCUCUCAGAUCCAGCUGUGACUCAUGACUCGUGUCAGGGGUAGAGGGAGGUGGCUGAUGCAUGGAGCCUCACGCUCUCUGGCCUCUCUCUUCUUUCACUUCUGUCUUUUUGGCUGCCUGGGCUAAGUGUCACAGAGACAAAAUGUCCCUUGCCAAUAAGCAAUCUGUCACCUAGCUCUUUGCUUUCUCAAGACAGGGUUUCUCUAGGCCUCUGGAUCCUGGCAUUCUGUCCCCAGCCCUCUGCCCUCUUCUCUGAGCCGCCUUGACCUCUAACCCAGCCAGGGGCUUUUCUACUUACAGGGCUGUGCCCUGACAGGAGCCCUUGAGCUGGGGCUUUGUAGACCAGCAAUCCUGAAGGGACCAUCUGUAUCCUAGUCCCUCUGGGGCAGCGUUUCUGGGUGAUAUUGUCUUUCCUUGCACACAGGUAGGAUGUGUCAUCUCCUGGGGACCAGGCCUGCUAUGACCAUGAGAACCUGUAAGGUGUGGUACGUUCAGAUCCAGGGCUGGCCUGCCAUGGGAGAGAGGGACCUCUUUAGUCUAGGGACGCUUGAGAAACUAGGGCCAGCCUUCCUUGUGUGAUUGCUUGGAUAACUUGUCCCUGUCCUCUGAUGACAGAGGAGAAAGCUGUGCUCCCAAAGAACAUUAAUGUUAAACAGGGUAUUUUUUUUCUUUUUUUCUUUUGGGACAACUUAAGCAUGACCUACCUGUAUUUCCCCAUGUAUAAGAUGCACCUUAAUUUGGGGGCCCGGAAUUUGAAAAAAAUGUAUUACAUAAA